AUGGUGAAAGGACUAGAAAUCAAGCCCUAUGAGGAAGAGUUAAAAGACUUAGCACAGUCGGAGAGAGAGCGGGCAGCUCCGCUCGCUUCCGUGCUUGGAAAGGGAGGGGGGAGCGAGGGAAGAGGCGUGUCUCUUCUCUACCGCCUCCGUCUUCGCUCCGAAAGCCGCUGGGCGUCUCAGCCUGGGAGCUGCGCUCUCAGAGCCGGUGGCGUGGGGCGCAAAGCAAGGCUGCGCGCCGCGGAGGAACCCGGAGCCGACCCAACUUCGCAGGAGUUUCCCUCACCUCCUUCAACCAUGCCCUCCGCGCCCGCCCGGGUUUUGCGCGGCGGCGGCGGCAGCGGCGGCGGCCUGUUGAACGUGGGGGGUACCCGCUACUCUUUCGCUCGGGAGGUGCUGAAGGACUUUCCCCUCCGGCGGGUGAGCCGCCUGCACGGCUGCCUGUCAGAGCAGGACGUGCUGGAGGUGUGUGACGACUACGACCGCGAGCGGAACGAGUACUUCUUCGACCGGCACUCCGAAGCCUUCGGCUUUAUCUUGCUCUACGUGCGCUACGGCCACCUGCGCUUCGUGCCCCACAUGUGUGAACUCUCCUUCUACAACGAGAUGAUCUACUGGGGCCUGGAGGGAUCCCACCUGGACUACUGCUGCCAGCGCCGGCUGGACGAUCGCAUGUCCGACACCUAUACCUUCUACUCCGCAGAAGACCUCCGGGCGGAGCCCUCUGGAGGCGGCAGCGGCAGCAGCAAAAGCAGCGACCACCCGCCGCCGCCGCCGCCUGAGGGCCGGGGCGGAGAAGCGGCCCCGGGUAGCGGUGGUGCAGCGGCCCCAUCUGGCGCCGGGGAGAAGAAAUGGCUGGAAAGGAUGAGGAGAACUUUCGAGGAGCCCACCUCGUCAGUGGCCGCUCAGAUCCUGGCCACUGUCUCCAUCCUGUUUGUCAUCGUCUCCAUGGUGGUGCUGUGCGCCAGCACCAUGCCGGAGUGGCGAACAGCUGAGAACCGAAGCCUGGAGGAGCAGAGCAGGUACACAGCAGACUCAAUCAGGGAGCCUUCAGGGAUAAUUGAAGCAAUUUGCAUCGGCUGGUUCACGGCAGAGUGCAUUGUGAGGUUCAUUGUCUCCAAAGACAAGUGUGAGUUUGUUAAGAGACCACUGAACAUCAUUGACUUGCUGGCUAUCACUCCAUAUUAUAUUUCUGUACUGAUGACAAUAUUUACAGGGGAGAAUUCUCAGCUUCAGAGGGCUGGAGUCACCUUACGGGUUCUGAGAAUGAUGCGGAUUUUUUGGGUGAUUAAAUUGGCCCGCCACUUCAUCGGCCUCCAGACACUUGGCCUGACUUUGAAGCGAUGCUACAGGGAGAUGGUGAUGCUGCUUGUCUUCGUUUGUGUUGCGAUGGCAAUUUUCAGUGCCCUUGCCCAACUCCUUGAACAUGGACUGAAAAUAGGGAAACCCAAUGAAGGCUAUGCAAGCAUUCCUGCUGCUUGUUGGUGGGUUAUCAUCUCCAUGACCACGGUUGGUUAUGGAGAUGUCUGUCCCAUCACAGUACCUGGAAGGAUUCUUGGAGGGAUUUGUGUAGUCAGUGGGAUUGUUUUGCUAGCCCUGCCUAUUACGUUCAUCUACCACAGCUUUGUGCAGUGUUAUCAUGAGCUCAAGUUCCGAUCCGCUAGAUAUAGCAGGAGUCUCUCUGCUGAAUUUUUAAAUUAACAAAUAGCACAAUUG